CUUCAACGAUGUCCCGGAAGUAAGUCUGGCAGAGACCUCCUCGCCGAUUUCUCCGAAGUGGCUGACUUCGGCCUAACUUAUCUUAUCCAAAUUGCCUAAGAUAAUGUAAUUAUUACAAAAUUAAACUAUUUUUCUGAAUUCGUUAUUUUUUGCAAGUUUGAGAAGGAUGUGGACUGCCGAUGAUGUGGCAAAAAUGUGCUACGAGCGUUUUGAUGGACUUCCGAAGAGGGGCAAGCCUGAACCGGGGAGAGAGUGGACCCUGCUGGCCGGUGUUGUAAAAGUCACCCAGAGUGUCGACAGUGGGAAAGUUGAAAAGGAGGUGGUAUCUUUAGGAACUGGGACAAAAUGUAUUGGCCGCACAGCCAUGAGCUCCAAGGGUGAUGUACUUAACGACAGUCAUGCAGAAGUCAUUGCCCGACGGGGAUGUGUAAGGUACCUGACAGAGCAGCUGCGCCGGGCGGUGUGUGGCCAGGGCAGCGUGGUGUUCUGUGAGGCUGGGGAACAGGGGCUCUGGAGGCUGCGGCCGGGGGUCUCCUUUGUCUUCUUCACCAGUCACACACCCUGUGGAGACGCUUCCAUCAUCCCCAUGACUGACCGAGAAGUUCAACCGUGUCCUCCUGUCGGAUCCACUGAUCCGCCUCAGGGAUCCAAUGAGGUGACAGCAGGGGGCGGGACCUCAAAAAGGAAAGGAGACGAGCCGGCGAGACGAGGACAACCCUGCAAACAGCCUCGUUUAGAGGGCCCGGAGAGGGAGGACGGCGGGCAUGAGCCGAAAGGAGACAAGCCUCAUUUGCAGUCAUCCGCAAGGGGUCCAACAUCAAGCAGGGAACCUUCCAAGCAAGCAGAAGCCACAACCAACCACCCACUCCCUGUCCCAGAGCAGCCAGAGAACGGGGGCUCAGACGGUGCUCGGGCCCCCAGCGGAGAGGACCCGGCUCCGGCCCCGGACGUCCACAGAACGGGGGCCAAGUGCGUCCCAGGGACCACCGCAGACCCCCGCCUGCCCGGAGUGGCCUACCACAGCACGGGGGUGCUGCGUGUGAAGCCAGGCCGCGGGGAGCCCACCCUGUCCCUCUCCUGCAGCGACAAGCUGGCCCGCUGGGGCGUGCUGGGCUUCCAGGGUGCACUGCUGUCCCACUUCCUGCAAGGGGCGCUGUACUUCAGCGCAGUAGUGGUGGGGAGGAGUGCCUAUGAACACCAGGCUCUGCUGCGGGCUCUGGUUGUCAGGUGCUCCCACAUAUCGGACCUCCCUGCAGGCUUCUCGGUGUCUCCCCCCACGCUGCUCCAGUCCAGCCUGGAGUUCUCCUGCAGCCAAGCCCAGACGGAGCUGCGCCACCAGGCCACACAGGGCAGGGUGGGCCCCUGCGGGGCAGCGAUUAGCUGGUGUGAUGUGCCUGGUGAACCACUAGAUGUCACUGCUAACGGAUACAAGCACGGCGCCACCAAAAAAGCCCUGGGCACGCCUAAGGCAAGUUCUCUCCUCUGUAAAGUGGAGCUGUUCCAUUCCUUCCUGUCUGUCGUGUCUGCCACCGACCCAUCCCACCUGCCUAACUCUCUCAGAGGGAAGGAGCUGAGGAGCUACUGGGACUAUAAGCAGGCAUCUCAGGCCUACCAGCAAGCCUGGCAGCAGCUCCGCAUGCAGGCCUUCCCUUUGUGGCCGCGCAGUGACAGAGACCUUCUGGUGUUCCGGUAAAGACAUGGUGAACUGACCCCACAUUGAUGAAAGUAUAACUCAUAGUCGAAGCCUGUGAGACAGUUGUCUUGUCUUUUGGGUCAUCCAGGCCACUCUGACAUUUUUAAGCAUUCAAUGCAUCAAUAACAAGGGGCUCUGUAUCUGAAGUCCAACUGGUGAACUUUGACCUGCCAUCGGGGUGCAGAGAGGCUGGUCAGCAGGCCGCUUAUCUUAGCGUGUCCUCAGAGGACGGCUGUUUUCGUCCACCGGCCGUACUUCACCCCAAAAACAAAAAUACAGCUGGACACCCCGGGCUCAGUGGGACUUGUGGCCGUGAGGGAGGGGAAAGAAAGGGCUUACGCAAUGGGCAAAGCUCCGCUGUCCAAGACUGGUCCUAGAAAACGGGGGAAGUGGACUCCCCUGCAUGCGUCAGCAGGGGAGCAGGCUGGCCUCGCGCUAGCGCAUCAACACAUUAAAAAACCCAGACGAUUGCUUGCUGGAGCACAAUGGCUUCUUCUCUGCCCUCUCAUCAUUUUGCGCCACUAAAAGUGUGUAGAUCUUCCCUGGUCAUGCUUGUGUGUGUGUUUUUUUUUCUACUACUGUAUAUGUCUGCAUGAUACAAGCUCAUUUUAAGGACAUUUGUCGGUUUGGUUUCAUGGGGAGCCCUGCAUGUGUUAAGUGAUGGUGGGGCCAAGCCGAUAUGAGUGGUGGGAUAGCAGUUGGCAAGGGGAAUGCUGCUGCCAGACAAGGAAUGUGAUGACAUUGAACAGUGCUAAAUAAUUAUAUGUUCAACAGUUGGUGCUUUGUUAUUGAAUAUAGAUGGCGCUUAUACCAUUAGCCUGAGCAUUUUGGUGGCCUGGUGUCAUUAAUUAAAUGCUUACUUCCUAUAAUUAGGUAAUUAACCAUGAAUUGUUCAAGAACAACUGACAUAUUGUGUUAAAGCAUCAUUUGUUUUAUUGCACGGCUUUGUUAAAUACUUUAUUCUGAUUGUUCAAUUAGGGCAUCUAGCUGUCUGUUCAAAUUGCAACUUCUAUGAAUGACCGAUUUGAAGCUGAAUAUUGACGCUAUUUCCAACCAUAACAUUUUAGUGGAAGCAAUAAAACCUUUUUUUUUAUCACAAAAUGAUUUCCCUUUAUUGUCUCGAAUUAUUUAUUAUUUCAGUAAUAAACAUGAAAUAACAAAUGAUUUGACCAUACGACUCCCGCGGUGCACAUUGUUCAUUAGGUGUGUUUAUUCUCCACCAGCUUUGAAGAUGACACGGAUGGCCUGACAGACAAAGGUCUGACAAGUUUUGGAUUUAAUAAACAAACAAAAGCAUUAUUACUUACAUUUUUUUAUUAUUAUUGGUCAGGUUAUCCAGCUACCUUACCUGUACUUUUCAGAUAUCUAAAAUCAUUUCAGAUUCAUAAAGCGUUAAACAAUCAAAAAUAAUAUUGAUCCAACAACAAAAAUAUUCAAAAUAUUACACAUUUCCUAAUACUGCUGCCCCAGCCUAUAACUGGUGUUGCGAUGCAAGUUUUAAAUAGCUAAAAGAAAUGUACAUCGGUGAAAUUAUCCAACGGGUUUUCAACCAAUUAAUGUAACCAAGUGCAUUUGAGUAAUCAAGGCGACAGGCUGUGUAAAAGUUUUCACGACGGGAGCGUAGGGGUAACAUCUGUGUGGAGUUGUGGUUAUACCAUGGCCUUAAAGCACUAACACAUUCUUCCACAUAUAAUGCAUCAUUAGUGGGUUGUCCUUGUUACAGUAAGAACGGCCUAUAUAGGUAUGUGUUUAGUUUGUGUCUAUGUCCCUCCAUGUGUUCAUAUAUCCUUGCAUGCUAGCCUUUUUGUUUGAGUUGAUUGGAUGAUUAGUUAAUUGUGUUUUGUGUGUUCAUUAGAGUUUUGGCCUUCCUAAGUUUUGUUCAGUUAAAUG